CGCGUUUUCAGGGAAUGAACUGUGCCCCGUUGCGAACUGUUUCAUCUCAAAAGAGACGCGUUACGUUGUGGAGUGCGUCGCGGUCGUAGGAAGAUUUGGGUUGAUGGUAGUGCCGUUGUCAUGCCUCGAUUGAAUGUGCUCGAUCGGUGUGCUAAACUAUGGCUGUUACUUACGUGGCUGUUGUGAUAUUUUGUUUUCGUCGACUGGUAUAACAGCACGACAUCAUGAGUGGCCUGCGGCUUCAGAAAAGAUUGGCCUCUGAUGUACUGAAAUGUGGUAAGAAAAAGGUAUGGCUGGAUCCAAAUGAAAUUAAUGAAAUCUCCAACGCCAAUUCACGGCAGAAUAUCAGACGACUUGUCAAAGAUGGUUUGAUAAUUCGUAAGCCAAUCGCAGUACAUUCACGAUAUCGUGCUCGUAAAAAUCUGGAGGCUCGCAGAAAGGGUCGUCACAUGGGCCAUGGAAAGAGGCGUGGUACACAGAAUGCGCGUAUGCCGGAAAAGAUUUUGUGGAUCCGUCGAAUGCGUGUACUUCGUCAUCUUUUGAAACGCUACCGUGAGGCGAAGAAGAUUGACAAGCAUCUGUACCAUGAUCUUUAUCUUCGAGCCAAGGGUAAUGCAUUCAAAAAUAAGCGCAAUUUAAUGGAAUUCAUUUUCAAGAGAAAGACUGAAAAUACACGCUCCAAACAAUUGGCGGAACAAGCAGAAGCACGUCGUGCAAAGAACAAGGAGUCAAGGAAACGACGUGAACAACGUUUAGUAAUGAAGAGAGCGGAAGCUUUGCGCAAAAUCUCCGAGAAUGAGAAAGAGACAGUCACUAACAAGGAAAUAAAAGAGCCGAAAGCAGUAGAAAAGUAA